UGAGAGGAGUGGAGGUGCGUCGCUCUGCCGCGUCUCGUUGAUCAGGUGGAGGGAUGCCUCUCAGAGAAUCUCCCUUCUCUAAUGGCGUGGUCGGGGCUCUACACGCCCUGGGAUGGGCGCUGGUCUUCCCCUGCUUCUGGUUCCUGGACCGACUCAUCGCCGUGUGCAAAUCGACCAGUCUGGAGCGCAGACGCAGGCUGGAGCAGGAAUGCUACCUCCACCCGCUUAAGGUCCUCUUCGGGUCGCUCCUGUUCCUCGUCCUGUUCCUCGUCUCCGCGCCCUUCGCCCUGCUGGGUUUUCUGCUCUGGGCUCCGCUCCAGUUCUCCCGUCGUCCCUUUUCCUAUCGGCGGCAGGAGGCGACGAUCAGGAUGCAGGACCGUAAUGCGGGAUGGGAGGGGUCCGGGAAGGUAACGUUUGGAUUUACGAGUGCCAAUCUGUGCCUGCUGCCCGAUGGCCUGGCGCGGUUUAAUAACCUGAUGCAAACACAGAGGAGGGCAGUGGGCAUCGGGCAGAGCAUCGUGCAGGGUGUGUCCCGGCCACAUAUUCGCAUUUUUAUCGACUCCCCGAGUAGCGGCGGGGCCAUGAGUCCAUCCAACAGCCUGCUGCCUAACGCGGGCACCAGCUCUUACGGUGCCACAGACUCUCAGUCCCAAACAGCCACGACAGAGCAGAGCAUGAAUGGUCCUUCAGACGGUGUGGAUGAUGUUCAGGAUGGAGAGAUCAUUCAGAUGUCCUCCUCAGGUGCUGGGGUGGAGGAACCCCAGGAUCAAGCCACCAUCCUGAACUCCAACCAGCAUGCAAACAAAAGCCAGAAACACUCCACAAGGACUUUGCCAACGCCGUUAGAGGUGUCCUGCUUGUUUCCUGCCAACGUGGACAUUGUGUGCCUGCAGGAAGUCUUCGAUAAGAGGGCUGCCGCCAAGAUGGCGGAUGUCCUGGGUCCGCUUUUCGGGCACGUUCUCUAUGACGUAGGCGUCUACGCUUGCAGUUCCGGCUCCUCCUUUAAGUUCUUCAACAGUGGGCUACUGGUGGCCAGUCGCUUUCCUGUUAUGGAUGCGGAGUAUCGCUGCUUUCCCAACGGAAGAGGGGAGGACGCACUCGCCGCUAAAGGCCUGCUGUCUGUCAAGGUGGACACUGGACUGCAGAAGGGAGAGAAGAAAAUGGUUGGGUUUUUUAACUGCACUCAUCUUCACGCUCCAGAAGGCGAUGGAGUGAUCCGCUGUGAGCAGCUGGACAUGCUGACCAAGUGGAUCGGCGAGUUUCAGACGGCGAGGAGGCAGGAGGAUGAGAUGGUGGUGUUCGACGUUCUCUGUGGAGACUUCAACUUUGAUAACUGCUCUCCAGAUGACAGUCUGGAGCAGAGUCACAGCGUGUUCCUCGAUUACACUGAUCCAUGCAGAGCAGGCCCCGGUCGAGAGAAGCCCUGGGUGAUAGGUACGCUCCUGCAGCAGCCGACCCUGUACGACACCAACGUGAGGACUCCAGAGAACCUGCAGAGGACGCUGGAGAAUGAAGAGCUGCGUAAGAUGUACCUGGCACCCCCUAUACCCAAGGGCGACGCCCCUCUUGAGUAUCCUGAGCCCGGAGAGCCGUGGGUGGGACGGCGGAUCGACUACCUCCUGUACAGAGACAGCACUUGCGCCGAUUGUUGCCACACAGAGCUCGAGGAAUUUACUUAUGUGACACAGCUGGCUGGUCUAACGGAUCACGUCCCUGUGGGCCUGAGGAUCAACGUCAUGCUCGACUCUGCAGGGGCCGAGCCAUAACACACACACACACACACACACACACUCACACACAGGAUCAGAUUACAGGAUGGAAGGAUAUCAGGAAUGCAGAUUUCUGUACGGACGGGCACGUGCCAAUAUUCUAUUUAUCAGAGUCUACAAUGUUAAAUCAGACUGUAUCAGACACUUCUGUCUGCCACGUUUUUACAUCUGAUACUGAAUGAUCUGGAUCAGGAUUAUCUUCUGAUAACCCGGACACACGACACACUGCUCUGGAUCUGUCUAAAAUUAUGAGACGGUCGUCUUUGUGUUUGAAGAGAUUUCAUCUAGGAUACAAACAUGCUGCCCAAACAUGCUGCCCAAACAUGCUGCCUACUCCUGAAUAUCAUGCGCGGUGUAGAAUGGUGGUGUAGGUAAAAUAAUAUUACAUCAUGUGAAAGGACAAAAUGACUUAUUAUAUUAUUAGCAAUUUAAUCAGGUAGGUUUUAAUCAGUUUCUUGUAUUCCCUCUAUCAGAAUGUUGAUAUAACGGCACCCUCUGAGUGUCUACACAGACGUGAUGGGCUGUGUCUGAGGGAGGAUGGGCAAAGGAAUCCUUCAUUACUGCUGCAGUAGCGACCUCUGCUGGCUGCUCGUGCUGGUUCAGGUGUAUCACAGCGGUUGUGUGUUGUGUGGCCCCACUCUGACCGAUAGAGAAAUGCAUAAAUAGAUAAUAAAUGAAUAUUAAAACGAAUAAUAUUAUCCUAUUAAUCAUUUAAAUUCUGUACAGCCUGAUGCAAGCGUUUAGUUUUGUUGAUUUUCUACAUAAAAGUAAGUGAAUGGAUUCAGUACAGCUAACACACUACAGACCAUUUUUCUGCACAGUGACCAGCUGUGAUCAGCUGAACUUUACUUACCAAAAACCCCAUAACAUUUUGGCACUUCAUUUGUUUAUUUUUCCCUGAAAUGUAGAAUUUUGUAACCUCACAGCGCCUGUCCUGCCACACAGAGACACAAUAAAACACAAUUUUGUGGCUCAGAAGUGCAAUCGGGGCUGUGAUUGUGUUUCACUCACUCACUUUCUUAACCGCUUAUCCAAUUAGGGUUGCAGGGGGUGCUGGAGCCUAUACCAGCUUUUCAAUGGGCGCAAGGCACACAGUAACAACCUGGACGGGGCGCCAGUCCAUCGCAGGGCACCCACACACACACACACCCAUUCAUCUAUAGGACAAUUCAGUGUCUCCAAUUAACCCGACUGCAUGUUUUUGGACUGAGGGAGGAAACCCACACAGACGGAGAACAUGCAAACUCCUAAUUGUGUUUUAUCGCAAUAUAAUUCUGAAUUAACAAUGGUCCACUCUUCACACACAUCAUCUCUGAUGUCUGUUUCUCUCUAAUGUAAAAUUUCACAAACGAAUCGUGCACUAAAUUGUGUUUGUUCUUUUUAACCACUUAGAUUUUGUACAUAAAUUGCAUUUGUUUAUCUGUUUUAAUAAAAUGAAAAUGUUUUCGA